GGUUGUUUAAAAAUUUUUAUUUCAUUCAACGAUUUUAUUUGACAAGAAACUGGGUCAUGAAAUAUAAUAACGAGUCUAGAUAACCAGCUAUAAUCGAUACCGUGAUCGCGCAGGGUACUAAGUAGAAAGUUUAAAUUAAAAUUUAAUAUCGCGAUAAAAACAAACGCUUAUUCUUCAAAUUGGGAAAGAAAAUGGUUAAAAAGGUUAAAUAUAAAUUGAUUACCGAAGGAAUAAAGGUUCGUAAUGAUUGGUCAGUAGAAACGGUCACCUAAAGAUUAACCAAUAGGAGAUAGCGUUGUUCAACCGAAGUAAAGUAAUGUAGUCGUCUGGGAGCAGCCUACUGUGAUAAUUGUGUGGCAAUUGACAGUACCAGCGGAAAAUAUCGUGUAUGCGAGUGGGUAUCACUAUACAGUUCAAAAUUAUAUGAUAAUCGAAAAUGUCAUCGCCUACACAAGUAUUAAAAAGUAUUGGCCCAAAAUUAGUUCCUUUCUUUAAAAGCGUAUCCGUGUAUUUUAUAUUAUUGGCCGAGCAACCAUCGCUCCUGACGGCGUGUUUCAAGUGUUUGCCAAUUAUAAGUCUAAUCGUCUUUGUUCUUCUACAUGGAGUUAGUUUAUCGCAGGAGUACACUUUCUCCAGACGCAUACUGACAGGGUUAAUAUUCAGUUGCAUAGGAGACGCACUAUUGGUUUGGCCCAAUUGUUUCACCCCGGGAAUGUGUAUGUUCGCCAUGGCUCAAAUCAUGUAUAUUAGCGCAUUCGGUUUCAUACCACUUAAUAAAAUGUUAGGCACAAUCCUGUAUGCGAUGUGUUCGCUAGUCAUAUAUACUCUAAUGCCUGGUCUAAAUGGUAUCCUGGUCGUUGGAGUUCCGGUUUACGUAGUAUUAUUGACGACUAUGGCAUGGAGGGCAAUUUCGAGAGUACAGUUUUACAAGGAGCUAUGGACGUGGACUAAACUCUGUAGCUGCAUCGGUAGUAUAUGUUUCCUUAUAUCGGAUACUUUACUCGGAUUCCAUUAUUUUCAUACGCCAUUGCCUUAUUCUCAGGUUUCUAUAAUGUUGACGUACUAUGCGGCUCAGUUAGGAAUAGCACUGAGUGCUGUAGGUUCAAAACAUAAUAGUAACAACAACAGCAACUACAACAACAACAAUAACAACAACAACAACAAUAAUAAUAACAAUGCAAGCGACGAUAAAAAUGAAGCAAAUUUAGCAAAAAAUUAAGAGAAUUUUGUCUUCUGUUUACAGGCUGUAAAUAUUAACUGAAUUAUGUUAUGCUACCCAAAUUUAUUAAGUCUCAUUCCGCGAAUGAAAGAAUUUUGUACAUAAAUUUUGAAGUAGGUAUAGGAGAUGUAAGUAUUUUCAAUAGCGUGUUAUAUCCGAGGUCAUAUAGACUUUGGGAAGCAUAAUUACCGGUUUAAGUAGGUACAAUGCAUCGCGUUAAAAAAUUCACGGUUUGUCAACAGUACAACUAAAGUUGUAACACUGCCACUUUAUUAAAGGCAAGAAAUGACUUCUCGUAACUCGUAUUUAAAUGCAUCGUACCUCUGUACGAAUAGAAAACAUUUGACGAGCAUUUAACGAACAAUUACCAGUUCAAAUAUUUUCCUUUAAAUGCCUAUGGAGAUUUGAAAAUUUUGCGAUCGUAGAAAUUCUCUCGCUUUAAUUCGAUACAAUCUCGAUAGUAUUAAUCAAUUUUCUAAAGAAAUACUGUAAUUUCCUAUUCGUUAGUACAAGAAAGAGAUCCGAUUUAAUGUUCGUAAAGUGCGAAUAAAAACAAAAUAUUUCAGUAUUUUUUAAUGAAUUCCUCGAAUAGAUUAUUUCAUAGGAAUAAUCGUAAGUGUAUUUUAUGUAUUGUUUCACAAUACACAAAAUGAACCAAAUCGCAUUUCUUUGUAUAGGACAAUAUACAAAUGUUGAAUAUUCUGUUAACUAAUAGUUUAAUGAUAGUCGAUUGUAAAGAAUUAGAAUAAUUUAAAUUGUUGACAAAAAUUAGUUGUUUGAUGCUGUCUACUCGUAUUACACAGUAUUAACAAAAAGAUCGUUCAAUUGUCACGAAUAAAAUUGAAAAAUUCAAUUAUAGAGCCAGUAGAUUAUGUUGUCUUUACUACUGCAUUUAUCGAUAAUUGUAUAGUUAGUAGGACAAUACCGAUGUAUUUAUUGUGUCAUGUAUGUUUACGAUAGGCGAAAAGUGAAGCACUGAUUUGAAAAUCGAAAUAUUAUUUUUCUGAUAGAACUACUUUUUCUAACAAUUUAAAGAAAACGUGUCGUUUUCUUUUGCAAAAUGUAUUUCAUAUUUUAGAAUGUAGCAAAUUGUAAAAGACUUGUAGGCGACUACGAUUUAUACGUAGAUCUCGAUAACAUAUCAUAUUUAAUGAACGAAAUAAAUUGUAAAAAGUAUCUGAUUUCGUAACUAUGUAUCUAUAAAUGAAGACUAAAUAAAAACGAAUUUAAAAAAGGAUACGCAAACUUUUAGAUUCUCUUAGAGUUAAAAAAAACCACGGUUUGACUACGACUAUAACAAACUUAUUGUAAAAAUAUAUAUUUACAACAUUUUAAUAUAAAGCAUAUUUGUAAAAGUCUAACACGAUAUUGAUGUAUAGAUUUAAAAAAUAAAGCAAUCCUAAGUAUAAUGAUA